GUGUAUUACUGUCCCCUCUUGUGUCUGUUGAAUCGUUGUUUUCAUUCAAAUAAGGUAAACAUGUGAACUUUUCCUCUCCUUUUGGAAAGUGAUGAUCUGAAUCAAAGAUUUUUUUGGACGUAAAUAAAGUAAAGGAGAGAGCCCACACGGUGACGCCUCCUUCAUAUCUGUGUGUGUGUGUUUUUUUUUUUCUUUUUUUUUUUUAAAUGCCCGUGCUAUCCCCCCACUGUGGUGCAGAUGGAUGCGUGCGAGGAGCUGAGAGAUGUCAUUCUCACUACACCUGUGCUGCCGCCUCCUGGACGGACGCGACUCCUUUGCAGCGACUGUACUAUAAGUGAACGGACAGCUUAUGAGCCCCACUCAAAGCGAGGGAACCACGCACACGGAGCGGGAUGGCGAGGAUACCGCUGCUGCACCUCCGCGUCCUUCUCGCCGCGCUCCUGCUGGCGCAAAGCCGGACGGCCCGGGCGAACCGAGGGGCGACGUCGCCCGACGAGGAGAGGGACAAAGAGGGCGACGCGGAGGCGCCGUGUGAGGUGAAAACCGUCACCGUAUCUACCCUGCCGGUGCUCCGGGAGAACGAGUUCAGUUUCACCGGCGGAGCCUCGGGGAACGUGGUCGGAGCAGGAGGAGGAGGAGGAGGUGGGGGUGCCGCUGCUGGAGCAGGUGGCGCUGGUGCUGGUGGAGGAGGAACUGGAGGAGGAACUGGAGGAGGAGGAGGAGCAGGAGGAGGGGGGGAAUCCCGACUCCUGCUAUUCGUUAGGACCGACCUACCUGGGCGAAUCUCCGUAAUGGAUGAUCUUGACAACACAGCUCUCCCCUACUUCACGCUGGAGAUGUCAGGUACGGGCGAAGACAUCUCUCAGGUGCACUGGAAGCAGCAGUGGCUGGAAAAUGGGACACUAUAUUUCCACGUGUCCAUGACUGAGUCGGAGCUCUUGGCCCAGACGACGCAGCCCACAGCCCGGGAGCCUGCCCAUGUCCUCCAUGAACACAUGCAUCUGCUGCACAUCUCAGUAAUGGGUGGCCUGAUCGCCCUCCUCCUCCUAAUUCUCCUCUUCACCCUCGUCCUGUAUACGCGCCACCGGUGGUGCAAGCGUCGCCGCAUCCCCCAGAAGAGCGCGAGCACCGAGGCCACCCAUGAGAUCCACUACAUCCCCUCCGUCCUGCUCGGGCCGCAGGGCCGGGACAGCUACCGGGGCUCCCGGAACGCGCACCAGCACGGGAGCUCUGUCAUCGGCAUGCCCAUCCGAGAGACCCCCAUCCUUGACGACUACGACUGCGACGAGGAGGACCCGGGCGGACACUCGCACAACUCCACGCCCAACCAGCUCCACAACAAGCUGAACGACGGGAAGAUCCAGGAGGACUACGGAGUAAACAUUGGACACACGGACAUGAUGUGCAAGGAUAACGAGGUUAAGCAUAAUUUUGAAAAACGAGCCAUUGACCCAAACACGGACUCGGUAGAGGAUUUGAUGCAGAGGUUCCAGGACAGUUUCCGUGUUCCCAACACGCCAACAGACAUGUCUCACUACCAACACGUGAUGCACAGCUCAUCGACAGGCCGCCGGAGGGUCCCCAGCCACACCAGAGCAACUGGAGGUGUGUUUGGACCUCAAGGGGAAUCAGGGUCAGAGCCUGAAGAUGACAGCCAAAUGAAGUUUUACACAGAACACAGAGGACGAAGGCGCAGCAAGGGCCACCCACACAGCCCUCUAAAUAAGGUCACCCUGACACUGAUCACCAUCAGCACUUGUGUCAUUGCCAUUGUCUAUGCCACGCAGGAUUCCUGCCCUCUCACUGUCAAGGUUACCCUCCAUGUGCCGGAGCAUUUUGUUGCGGACGGAAGCAGUUUUGUGGUCAGCAUGGGCAGCUUCCUGGAUGUUUCUAAUUGGCUGAACCCAGCCAAGCUGACCCUCUACUAUCAGACCAACUCGUCCACACAGUGGGUCCAAGACUACUGUGGCCAGAGGGCCACCGAGCCCUGCGAGCAGAUUUGCGAUCAGGACACGGGAGAAUGCAGCUGCCAUGAGGGUUACUCCCCCGACCCCGUCCAUAAACACCUCUGUGUUCGCAGCGACUGGGGUCGAAACGAAGGUCCCUGGCCGUACGCUAACUUGGAGAAAGGCUAUGACCUAGUUACAGGACAGCAGGCCCCAGAGAGGAUCUUCAGAUCAUUCUACAGUCUGGGCCAAGGGCUGUGGCUGCCAGUCAGCAAGAGCUUCGUGGUGCCACCGGUGGAACUGUCAAUCAACCCCAUCGCCAGCUGCAAGACGGACGUGUUGGUUACCGAAGAUCCGGGGGAGGUCAGGGAAGAGGCCAUGAUGUCCACUUACUUUGAGACAGUGGAGGACCUGCUGGCAUCUUUUGGGCCAGUCCGCGACUGCUCCAAAGAUAACGGCGGCUGCAAGAAGAACUUCAAGUGUGUGUCUGACAGACAGUUAGACUCCUCCGGCUGCAUGUGUCCUGAGGGGCUGAGGCCAAUGAAGGAUGGCUCAGGUUGCUAUGACUACUCCAGGGGCAUUGACUGCACGGAUGGCUUCAAUGGAGGCUGCGAACAGCUGUGUCUCCAGCAGCUCGUGCCCCUCGAAGAUGACCCCAGUUCCAGCAACGUGCUCAUGUUUUGCGGGUGUGUGCAGGAGUACAAACUGGCAGGAGAUGGCCGCUCCUGCCUCCUGCAGUCAGACAACUGUGAGGGGCCAAAAUGCCCGAGGCAUGAUGUCCACUUCAAUGACACCCUGUUUGGUGAGAUGCUGCAUGGAUACAACAACAAAACCCAGCAAGUCAACUUGGGACAGAUAUUCCAAAUGACCUUCCGGGAUAACAACUUCAUUAAGGACUUUCCCCAGCUUGCUGACGGUCUCAUGGUCAUCCCCUUGCCAGUUGAGGAACAAUGUCGAGGGGUGUUGUCUGAGCCUCUUCCUAACCUGCAGCUCCUCACAGGGGAUGCCCAAUUUAGUGAGGCAGUGGGAUAUCCUAUGGUCCAACAGUGGAGAGUGCGCAGCAACCUCUACAAAGUAAAACUCAGCUCCAUCACAUUAUCUACAGGCUUUUCUAAGGUGCUGAAGACGCUGUCGGCAGAGAGCACCCGCGAGGAGCUGCUGGCUUUCCUCCGACAAUACGGCAGCCACUACGUGUCCGAGGCCCUGUACGGCUCCGAGCUCAGCUGCAGCAUCUACUUCCCCAGCAAGAAGGCCCAGCAGCAGCUCUGGCUGCAGUAUCAGAAAGAGGCAACAGACCAGGGGGCUGGCGGAGGCGGGCGACGAGAGCUGAAGUCGGUCCCCUUCAUCAGCUACCUGUCGGCGCUGCAGAAGAGCCAGCUGUUGACUGACGACAUGGUGAACGGCGUAGAGAUCCGCUGCGAGGAGAAAGGCAGUUGUCCAGCUGGCUGCCACCUGUGCCAUCACCAGUCCGUGAUGGGAGGAGUGUCGGGGAGAGGCCGCACCAGUAACAGCAGGAGCGGAGAGCAGCCUUCCCCCAUCCCUGUCCUGCUGGAAGUCAGCCGCGUGGUGCCCCUCUACAGCCUGGUCCAAGACAAUGUCACCAAAGAGGCCUUCAAGAGCGCCACAAUGAGCUCAUACUGGUGUGCCGGAAAGGGCGAUGUCAUUGAUAACUGGUGUCGCUGUGACCUGAGUGCCUUCAGCAAAGAUGGCCUGCCUAACUGCAGCCCCCUCAGGCAACCAAUUUUGCGCCUAGCCCCUUACCUGGAGCCCUCAAGCACAAUGGUGGCCCUGGAGUGGAUUGAUGUGGAGCCUCUGAUUGGCUGCAAAGUCUCUGACUACAUCAUCCAGCACAAACGAGUGGAGGAUCCAUUGGAAGCAGAGGUCUACACAGGUGAGGUUCUGAGCCUGAUGGACGAUCUGUUCUCUGGUCUGGGUUCAUCCUGCGUUGUUGCCGGGAAGAGGACUGGAGACCAUCCUCACUCUGUGCUGUAUUCAGUGGUCUUCAAGUGCCUGGAACCCGACAGUCUCUACAAGUUUACCCUCUCCGCACUGGAUAGCCGCGGCAGCCACUCCGAGUCGAGCUUCGUGUCAGUGCGGACAUCUUGUCCGAUGGUGGAUGACAGCCGAGCCGAAGAGAUAGCAGACAAGGUGUACAACUUGUACAAUGGCUACACGAGUGGCAAGGAGCAGCAGAUGGCCUACAACACGCUGAUGGAGGUCCCUCCUCCGCUGCUCUACAGAGUCCAGCACCACUACAAUUCCCACUACGAGAAGUUUGGAGACUUUGUCUGGCGCAGCGAGGACGAGCUGGGCCCCAGAAAAGCCAAUCUGAUACUGCACAGGGUGGAGAAAAUUAGCCACUACUGCCGGUCCCUCCUGCGCAGCACCCACAUUCAGAGUCGCACCGACACCAUGGCAUAUGUCUACUGCCGGAGCGAAGAGGGUCGACCCACCACUAACACACGGCACGGCUCUUUACACGAAAGCCGCACCACCUGCAUGGAAAAGCUCAUUUCUGUACAGCGCAACACAUACAGCAACACCAAACUCCGAUGAGACGAGACGAGUGUUGCUCUCUCUCUUUUUUUUUUUCUCGUCCUGCAAAAAUGACAUCAGCGAUUGAUGUUCCCAGUCGGUCACCCUCUCAAGCAAGCGUCUCUAAAGUGACCGGUGGCUUUUUUUUGAAAAAAACAAAAAACAAAAACAGGAGAGCCUAAAAAAACCUCAGAAUUCAUUGGGCGUCGUGUUUGAAAAGCUACCGAAAAAACAUAAUUUUGUGUGGCCUUCUUUUAAUAUAAGAGAGAAGCCGACGAAGAAAAGAAGAAGAAGAAAACAAACUUGGAGCGAACAUUUUUCUCAACUGCAAAAUGCCAGUGAUUGCACAUAUCAACCAAGAAACUUGCAGAGCGAACAUGUAAAUUAUCAUUCAGCCAAGAUGGAAGAAAAAAAACGGCUGGCUUAAAUACUUUUGAAUGUAAUAUUGUAGCUCCUUUUCGGUGCUUCGAAGCUUACCUGGAACACUUAAAAAGAGAGGAAAAAAAAUGGAAAAAUUAAUCGCAUAACUUAUUUGCCUUUACUACCUUCAUUUGAAAGGAGAUAUUGAAACGUGUUAAAGCCAUCUGAAAAUCAUUUUUGUUGAUUUGUUUUUUUCUAAUUCACAUUGCUUAGAGAAUUAAAGCUUUUGCCUCAUGAAUUGAAAAUCAGUAAGCAAGAAGAACCAUGUAGUUAGUCUUGUAUUACAAUUUGAUAAAUGCAGUCAGAAUUGCAAAAAGGCUUAGUGUGAUAACAGGAUUGACAAAUAGGCCUGAUGAAAUUAUGCAAAGAGAUUACGAUUCAGCACUGAUCCCACUGCUGAAAUCACUUCGGUCAUCAUCCCUCUUUUUUAAUGCUACAAAAUAAAUACAAUUUGGAAAAAUGUACUCUCAUAGUAGAUUAUGCGAAAAAAAAAAAAAAGAUUCAAUGCUUUUAUCACACUGAAGUCUAAAGUAAAUACUUGAUUUGUUGUGUUUUGGUGGGUGACUUUACAGAACUACUUGCUGGUACUGAUGGAAAUUAAGAAAUCAAAUCCUCGAGCUAGAUUUAAUGAUUCUGGCGAGACCACUUCAUACGCUUGUAAUGUAAUAAAGUACAAUUUGCCUGCAGAGCGUGACUUCUGUCAUGAAAUGUCAUCAGUUGACAAGUUCUGUAAAAUUAAAAAGCGAUCUGCUGGAAUAGACGAAUACGAAGUGCAGUGUUAGAUGUGACAAAACUCACUAUAUGGCAACAAGAUGACCGAAAAUCAGAGCUAGAACAGGACAUGCCAAGAGCAUCUUUCAAAAGUUCUUCCCCCCCAGGACAGGAGUGCGCUCAUAUUUAUGUGCACAUUUGGAGAAUGUGGCAGGAUAAUUUUGAGAAAUAGUUUCUGGUGCCCUGAACAGUUUGUGUUGAGCCGACUGUAAACAUGUGGUACCGUCCAUAGAAAUGUGAAGAAUCAAUGUUUUUUUAGGGAUCCCCGUGGUCCUUUUUUUUUAAGCCUCAUAACUUCGAGUCCAAUGUCAUAUCUUUAAAGCCAUGGAUAUUGUUUUAAUGAUGAUAAACAAUGCCUUUUUUUAGUACUUUCAUCUCAUGUUAUAUGAAUUGUAAUAAUAAAUUAUUAUAUUGUAAAUUUUAAAUUGUAAAAAAAAAAAAGAAGACAUAUGUAUUAUUAUGUGGCUUUGAUUGUCUUUUUCUGAAGAAUGUGAAAUAUUAAAAAUGUAUAUAAAAUCAAAGACUUUUCUUUCAUCGCUGCAGCAGCCCAGGUUCGAUUCCUGGCCUUUUCUGCAUUUGCUGCAUUUCACUCAUCCUGUUUCCUGUCAUAACUCAAUCUGUCCUGUCAAUAAAGGCCAAAAUAAAAGUAAAGAAAAUAA